AUGGCACUCAAAUAUUUCGAGAAGGCAUCUGCAAUAGAUGAAAAAUUGUUACCGGUAACACAUAUCAGUUGGUCUAUUACACGCAGUUGUGUUGGUGAUGUUCACCGAUUAAUGGGCAAGUAUGAAAUGGCACUUUCAUUUCAUCAAAAAGCCUUAAAUAUUCAACAAAAUGUUGAAUGCUAUCCGUUGGAGCUUGCUAUAACAUAUACAAAUUUAGGUGAAACCUAUCGAGAAAUAAAUGAUUAUUCGACAGCAUUGGAAUAUUUUCGCAAAGGGCUACGAAUUCGUGAAAAUAUGUUGGCCAAAAAUCAUCCUGAUCUAGCUGCAAUUUAUUACAAUGUAGCGAAAGUACAUUUGGCGAUUGGACAAUAUAGUAAGGCAAUGAAAAAUGUUCAACAAGCUGUAGAAAUCGCUCAAGAAAAGUUGCCUUCUAAUCAUCCUCAUCUUCUAGAUUAUAAGGAAGCAUUUGAAAUGAUUCGAAAGAAAAUAUGA